UUCCCUUUAAAACCUUUAAGCAAAAGUAACGACUAGGUAAAAACAGACGCUUUUGACACACCACGCAGGUACGCAGGGUGGGGCAUGAGGUUAAUAUCAGUGAUGUUUUAAUUUCGUUGAAGUGCUUUGAUUGCCCAGACCGAUUUGGCAGUUUGUGUUAUUAAAAUAUAAGUUUGUGAAAUGAGGGCAUUCAUAUUUAUUGUUUCAUUUUGCUCUUUCUGCUAUGCAGAUGUUUGCAUUUAUCCAUUAAUCAAUGAACAAACAAAAAUGACUGCCACAUCAUCUAUGCCUGGUAGAGGUGCAGAGAAUGCGCGAUUACUUGGUCCCUCGGCAUGGCAAGCUGCCAUAAAUAACUAUUAUCAAUCCAUUACCAUUGAGCUGAAUGGUAGAUACAAUAUUUGUGGAGUAGCCACUCAAGGCAGACAUGAGUCUUCCGAAUUCGUCUCCGAAUAUUACGUUCUUUCUUCCGAAGACGGUCAAACUUGGACAACCUACCAAUCAGAUUAUGGACAAGAUCAGAUGUUCAAAGCUAACACGGAUGGAGAUGGAAUUCGCCGGAAUCGUUUUGAAACACCCAUCAUCGCACAGUACAUUCGUAUAAAUCCAACACGCUGGAGUGAUCGUAUUGCAAUGCGAGUUGAGCUCUAUGGCUGCCCCUAUGUGGCUGACGUGCUCUACUUUAAUGGAACGGCCCUUCUCCAGCGCAAUUUGGAAAAUGACCCUAUCACAUCGAGAAGGGAUAGCAUACAACUCCGUUUCCGCACUAAUCGGGCCGAUGGUGUGCUCCUUUAUAGUCGUGGCAGUCAGGGCGAUAUUCUCGCCUUGCAGUUGGUUAACAAUAGAAUGCUGUUAAACGUAGACCUGGGCUCUGGCUUAUUGACAAGCCUUUCAGUUGGCAGCCUACUUGAUGACAAUCUUUGGCACGAUGUACGAAUCCUCCGUAAUCGCCGCGAAAUAAUUUUCACCGUCGACCGCGUUAUGAUCCGAGAAAAAGUUAAGGGUGAUUACGCUCAGCUGGACCUUAACCAUAAUUUAUAUAUUGGAGGUGUGCCGAAUAUACAAGAAGGCCUCGUCGUGACCCAGAAUUUCACGGGAUGCAUCGAGAACAUGUAUCUGAAUUACACCAAUGUUAUCCAGGCCGUAAAAGACUAUCGGCAUGAAGAUUACUACAAAUAUCAACGAGUUCAGGCUUUGAGCUCUUGUCCCCAGGAACCUAUCGUGCCUAUAACCUUCCUGACUGCCAAUUCUUAUGCCAAAUUACCGGGAUAUGAAGGAGUUAGCUCCCUUAACUUAUCCUUAGAUUUUCGCACUUUUGAAGAGAAUGGACUGCUGGCCUAUCAUCGCUUCACUUCUCCUGGUUUUGUCAAACUUUUCAUUGAAACUGGAAAAAUUAAAGUUGAAAUUGCCGCAGAAAACGUGCCCAAGGUAACACUUGACAACUUUGGAACCGACCUGCUCAAUGACGGACGUUGGCACAAAGUAAUCAUGACGCUAGCUACCAAUUCACUGGUGCUGAGCGUUGAUGGUCGACCAAUGAAAACUGUGCGUCUCAUGGCGUUCCGCACGGGUUCAAGUUACCUUAUCGGUGGAGGUGUGCCGAGCACAUCUGGUUUCAUCGGUUGCAUGCGCCAAAUCAAUGUUGACGGGCAUUAUAAAAGUCCGCUUAACUGGAAGGAUGAGGAAUUCUGCUGCAAGGGUGAAAUAGUUUUCGACGCGUGCCAAAUGAUUGACCGCUGCAACCCGAAUCCAUGCGAGCAUAGAGGAGUCUGCAAGCAAACAUCGGAGGAAUUCUACUGUGACUGCUCAGGAACGGGUUACGCCGGGGCUGUUUGCCACAUGUCGGCGAACCCUGUUUCGUGCGAGAGUUUCCGGCAAUCAGGUGCCAACGCUAGCCCUGUUGAUAUCAACAUUGAUGUGGACGGAAGUGGCCCACUACGUGCCUUCCCUGUAACUUGCGAAUUUUUCAGUGAUGGCAGAACGUAUACGUAUGUCGGACACAAGAACGAUCAAACCACGGUAGUUAACGGGUUCGAAGCUCCUGGCAGUUUCGUUCAAGACAUUGCCUACAAUGCAGACGUUGACCAAAUGGAAAUUUUGAUGAAUCGUUCCUACACCUGCCGCCAACGUCUUCGUUAUGAUUGUCGUCGGUCUCGUUUGCUUAACACACCUUCACCGGAAACGCAAGAAUUCAGACCCUUCAGCUGGUGGAUGUCAAGGCAGAACCAACGAAUGGAUUAUUGGGCUGGUGCCUUACCUGGUUCCCGCAAAUGUGAAUGCGGUAUCCGUGGAAGUUGCGUCGAUCGUACGAAAUGGUGCAACUGCGACGCUGCGUUGGAAACAUGGACAGCCGACGAAGGAGAAAUUCUAGAUAAGGAAUAUCUUCCUGUCCGCCAAUUGCGAUUCGGAGAUACUGGCACUCCCCUCGACGACAAGGAAGGAAAAUAUACUUUAGGUCCCUUGCUUUGCGAAGGUGACGUACUGUAUGACAACGUCGUAACUUUCCGAGUGGCUGAUGCCACCAUCGACUUCCCCACCUUUGAUAUGGGUCACAGUGGUGAUUUGACUUUUGAAUUCAAGACCACCGUCCAAAACGCUGUUUUGAUUCACAGUAAAGGCCCGAGCGAUUUUGUCAAAGUAUCCAUCUCCGGCGGUGACACGUUACAGUUCGAGUAUCAAGCUGGAUCUGGAGCUCGUACUGUAACUGUUGAAACAUCGAACAAGUUGAGCGACAACCAGUGGCAUUCCGUUUCUAUCGAACGUAAUCGCAAGGAAGCUCGGAUGAUUGUUGAUGGAGCCCUUAAGUCACAAAUACGAGAGCCUCCUGGACCCAUCAGAGCAAUGCUUUUGACUUCGCCCCUUGUUGUAGGUGCCACCGUAGACUACCGCGAUGGUUUUGUGGGUUGCAUGCGGGGUCUCAUGGUUAACGGCCGGCAUUUGGACAUGAGAGCUGCCGCUCUGGCUGGCCUUUAUGGUAUUGGCAUCGGUUGCACUGGGAAAUGCGACAGCAAUCCGUGUCUUAAUAAUGGAACGUGCCAUGAAAAGUACGACAGCUACGUAUGCGAUUGUCGGUUCACAUCAUUCAAGGGUCCAAUCUGUGCGGAUGAAAUUGGUGUCAACAUGCAGAGUAACUAUAUGAUUCAGUACGAUUUUGCUGGAUCAUACAAAUCAACCCUUUCCGAAAAGAUUCGUGUCGGCUUUACCACCACAGAUCCUAAGGGUAUCCUUAUGGGUCUUUAUUCCGACAUCAGCAAAGAAUAUCUCACAUUACAGGUUUCAAAUAGUGGUCAUCUGCGUCUGGUCUUUGACUUUGGCUUUGAACGUCGUGAAAUUAUCUUCGAGGACCAGAACUUUGCAACUGGUCAGUUUCAUGAUGUGCGUAUUCGACGUGAAGAAUCAGGCACUCGGGUGGUUAUGGAAGUCGAUAGCUACGAACCUCGGUCAAUCACGUACAAGAUCAAUCCGUCGGCUGAUGCCCAGUUUAACAACAUUCAACACCUUUACCUUGGUCGCAACAAAACCAUGGCUGAGGGCUUCAUCGGCUGCAUCUCUCGCGUAGAAUUUGAUGAUAUUUAUCCACUCAAGUGGCUAUUUCAACAGAACCCACCCCCGAACAUCAAGAAAGAGCCCAGUUCCAUUUCAGAAGAUUUUUGUGGUAUUGAACCAGUAACUAACGCGCCGGAUGUUCGCGAGACACGACCUCCUCCCAUUGUAGAUGAGGAUAAGCUACAGGAGUUUUAUCCACCAGCACAUUCGGCCAUUUUGGGUGGCAUUUUAGCUGUUCUUUUCAUUGCUCUAGUAUGUAUGGCCAUUCUAAUCGGACGUUACAUGUCAAGACACAAGGGAGAUUAUGUUACACAAGAAGACAAAGGAGCAGAGUACGCGCCUGAUCAACAUUUUGCAGUCAUGCACGCUGCAACGGGUCAUCAAGUCCAACAGAAGAAGGAAAUUUUUAUCUAGGCCGUCAGUAUCAUUUAGAAGAAAACAACAAUAAAGCGAAGAAUAACAUUUGUGUCACCGUUUUGUUAUCUUGGUUGAAUUUUCCGUCCCUUUCUGUGAAUCUCACGUGCAGUUUUCCCCAUUUUUUAAAGCCAUCACGUUUUAUUACAUUUACAUUUCCCCCCAUAUGAUUGUGAUCGCCAGUUCGAUUUUCUUAUCUUUUUCAUUACAGUAGUGACUGUGUAUGUCCCUUACAUUGUCGGAGAUGAGGAAAUAGAAUUUUUUUGUUACCGAUUA